GUAACCCGCCGCCAAUGCGCCUCUGCACUCCUUCUACACCUUCCAACGCUUGUCCAGCAGGACGCUCUUAGCCAGCCCCAUCCGGUCCAGAGUGAGACUAGAGUUCAAGGAGAGGUACCAUGGCACGCGGCACAAAUACGCCAACACCUGCCAUUCCGAAGGUGUCGUUCAGUAAGGUGGAGGACAGCUCGUCACCUCAGCUGUGUGGGGUUCACGAUAUGCAAGCAAGAUCUUAUGGAUACAAUAAUUUCGAUCCGUUCCAGAGGCCGGAUCAUUAUAUUCGCUAUAUUGAACCCCUCGAGAUCGACCUUGCGAAGCAAGUAGAGUAUGACAUGGAUGAACAAGACCAAGAAUGGCUGAACGUUGUCAACGAAGAAAGGCACAACGACCAACAGAGUAGAGUCUCUCCUGAAGCUUUCGAAAUUAUCAUGGACAGAUUGGAGAAGGAGUGGUUCGAGCUGACGAAGAACAUACCGAAACCGGACAUGGCUCUUCCGUCGGAAGAUUCGACGUGUGCGAUCUGUGACGAUGCGGAGGGAGAAAACGCGAACGCGAUUGUAUUCUGUGAUGGGUGUAAUCUUGCUGUACAUCAGGAUUGUUAUGGUGUUCCAUACAUUCCUGAGGGUCAGUGGCUUUGCCGGAAAUGUACUGUCUCGCCAGAGAACCCCGUUUCCUGCAUUUUGUGUCCGAAUGAAGGAGGAGCAUUCAAGCAGACUGUAAGCGGAGACUGGGCGCAUCUACUAUGUGCAAUUUGGGUACCGGAAACGCGGGUUGCGAAUGACGUGUUCAUGGAGCCCAUAACGGGCGUCGACAAGAUUAAUAAACAGCGAUGGAAGCUUAAAUGCUCGUUAUGCGGUAUUCGCGAAGGUGCGUGCAUCCAGUGCAGCAAGAGCUCAUGCUUUCUCGCAUUCCACGCCACUUGCGCGCGACGACAAAAGCUUUUGAUGCCCAUGAAGAGUGCUCACGGAUCGGAGCCGGCGACUCUCGCCGCUUAUUGCGAGAAGCACCUUCCCAAAGAACAACUCGCUCUUCACGAAGCCGCCCUAGCCGAGCUCGACAAUUCUUUCGGUCAGGGUGAAUACGAUCUCUCAGAUGGACAUGGACACACGGCUACGCCUCGGACGUCGAAGAAAGCUCGUGCAUACGCGAAGACGUACAAGCUCGGUGCACCACUCGUACCUUGGAUUAUUGUUGACCGAAUUAUGCAGUAUACUGCGCGGAUCAAGAUCAGCAAGAAGGAACAGUUCUUGCUCCUGGCGUGCCGCUACUGGAGCUUGAAACGCGAGGCGCGUCGUGGUGCACCGUUGUUGAAGCGGUUGCAUCUUGAGCCGUGGUCUGCCAGCGCCGCUGGUAAAAUACAGUCCGAAGAGGAGGUGGCAAUUAAGCUAGACUACUUGAAGCGCCUCAGAAAAGACCUAGAAUCGGUUCGGAUGCUCGCGGAGUUGGCACGUAAACGAGAGACACAGAAGUUGAAGCAGGUACAAGUCCUCCAACAUGUUUGUUCGACAAUCUUCUAUCCUCACAUCCCGCAAAUGCGGCAAGCACUUGAGAAGAUCAUGGCUUUUGAUCGGUAUAGUUACUUCAGGGACCCCGUCUCGAAAACUGAGGUACCCGACUAUUUUGAAGUCAUCAGAAAGCCGAUGUGCUGGAGUAUGAUCGAAACCAAACUCAAGACAAACGACUACUGGAACAUCAAAGACUUCCAGGAUGAUGUUUGCCUCGUAGUCGAUAACGCAAUGUUGUACAACAAACGCGACUCACCUUUCAGCAAGACCGCAGCUAGAAUCAAAACGCAUGCAGGUCCAAUUCUCGAGGAGCUGAAUCAGUUGGGUCGUGUGAUCCCUGCAGAGUCGUCCGAGUCAGGACUUGUAGGGGACCUCGAGCCCCAACUCAAAGAGCUCGAGUUACUUGUAUCACCAGAAACUGUUGACGGUCCUGACAUGCCGUAUCAAUUGGAAAAAGACCCACUCACUUUACUUCUCUCGUACGAACUCGGAAAGCUCAAGCCACCACCUCCUCCCUCACCGCCAAAACCAGCAAAGCCAAAACGCGAUCGCAAGGCAGAGGCAGAGCGGCGUAAGCAGAGACUUCUGGAUGCCGCAACAGCCUCAGCCUUCCGAGUUCCCAUAGCACCGCGCACGCGUCGUGAGCACGCAGAAGCGGAGGCGUUUGAGGCGGAGGUUCAUGGUGGGUCUUCCGGGGCGGAGUCGACGCCCUUGGAUGAAAGUGGAGAAGGUGAGGGUGAGGAAGGGAGUAUAUCUGCGAAGACCAGACGUGGGACGAAGUGGAAGCGCGAGAAACUUGUGUUGCCUGGUCAGACUGACGUCCCGCCUGUGGUGGAUGAUGUGGAUAUGCAACGCUCGUUUAAUAUGUUCGAUGCUGGUUGGAUCCUUCCGAGUAGCACACGCAGAGGUGGGCGUGCGCCUGUUGAGAAGCAGGACUUGCCUCCACCGCGUAAGAAGCAAAAGACAGGUCCUCCAUCAGAGAGACAACGGUCAACAUUGUCCUACAGCACUCCUGCGACAGAAAAUCGCACCCUGCGCGAGGGUUCCCCGCAUGGAGAAGACACACUUAGCGAAGUGCAACACAAGCGAGAAAGUAGCGAAGCUGUAGACCUGUCUGAUCCAAACCUUUUGAACGCCCAACGUGAUGUAUCUCCUCCAGUACCUACAGAAUCGAGUCUCGAUAUGAGCAACGGAAGCGGAGCGGAGGUACCUCCUGAAUCUGAGCUGGAGCUUGAAUCGGGGACGGAGGGGGAGGCAGAGCCUCAGGAGCACGCGGAGCCCGAGUCUGCUAAACAAGGGACGAAGACGAAGCGUCGACGGUCUCCGCGUCCGCCACCGAUUGUUAUUGAGGAGUUGGAUACACCUGCUACUCGUCGUGCGAAGCAGCAGGCAAGGAAACAACGAAAAGCGGAAGAGCGAGCUCGAGCGGAGAGGGAGCGGCAAGCCGUUGCAGCUCAGGGUCCGCAAGGGAAAGCCGAGGAGGAGAGGAAUAGGGAAGACUUUGUCGUCAUCAAAACGUCUGGUUCUCCGGAUUCGUCUCCAUUAUCCGAAUUGCAGUUACCCGAGGGCGAAGGAGACGGAGACGAAGCAGAUUCAGACCUCACCUCGCUCGACGAAAGCGCCGAGGCAGAGCAGCAAACCGGUGAACGAUAUGUCAGUACUGAGACGGAGGAAGAAAAGACACCUGACGGUCGGCUUGUCGUAAAAGCGGAAGACGCCCGCAAAGCAGCUGUCGCCGCGGGACUUGGACCCGCAAUGAUCCAAAUAAAAGACAAUGAAGUGCUUGAAGGUGGUACACUUGUUUGGGCUAAAGCAGAAACGUAUCCAUGGUGGCCUUCUGUGGUGUUUGAAGAGGACGAUCCGGAAGUACCGCCUAACGUCCUUAGAGACAAGGCGCAGGCACGACCUGGAUCUGGACCUUUGAUUCUUGUAAGAUUCUGGGACCAGCGGAAAUCAUGGCAAUGGCUUCCUCCAGAGAAAAUCCGGCUCAUCGAUUCCGAUAAAGACUGGGACAGGAGAAUGCUCGACGGAGACUCUAAGACCCAGCGGUUUAAGUCGACGAAGGUUCGAGAAUCGUGUAGAGAUGCAUGGAGGCAGGCGAUGGCGGAGAUGGAGACUCAGACGGGAUAUGCUGAAGGCGAGGGUGCUGGGAAGAGUAGUCUGGCUUUGACCGCGGAUGAGGCGAUGAUUGUUGACCAAUAGUCCUUCGGUUUGUAGGAAUCGUUUGUGUAUUGCUGUAUUCAUUAUGACGUGGACGGAACGAUCUGUUAGUUGCUUUCAGCUUUCUGACUUAGUACCUUACUCGUUUCUGGUUAUGUGUAUGACAAAUAUCAUUUUUAU